GUGACAGAGUGACGACAAAGUGACGAAUGAAAAAUUACAGUUAAAGUGACGUGUGCAGUAUGAAGCAGAGUGACCGGUGGAAUGUUAUAGUCAUUAAAGUGAAUUAAAUUAUUGAAAAAUUAAUCCAGAGAUAUUUCAAUUUUUAUUCAUUUAUGAUUUAUUACAUAAACGUUUAGAGAAAACCUCUGGGAUUCAGAAAGACAGUGAAGAAAGAAAAGAUUAAAUGAGGAAGCGACAUUAUGUUUUACCACAGAGACAUUCAGGGACCGUCAGGAAACCAGACCACUUUCUCACUUCAUUUAAGUUUGUACAUACGAGCAUUUAUUCUAGGAUGAUUUUAUAAUAUUGAUAUGGCCGAUAGAUUUAUAUGACGAUGAUGAAGAUAUGAAUGUAAAGCAUGCAUGCAUGUGUGAACAUCAUUCAGCUUUCAGUUUAUUUGGUUCAUUUUUCAACAACAAUCGAUUUAUAAAAUUCAAAGAUACAACUUCUGGUGAAAAGUCUGAUAAAUAUGUGAAUAAAUGAGAUUGAUUUCUAUGAUUGUGAAUUUGCAGCUUCAGAAGACAUCUUUAUUAUUAUUCUUUGAACUGAGUUAGCGUUUAUCUGCAUCUGUUCAUUUCUCCCCUAAUCUUGACAAAACAGGACAUAUUGUCUACUGUAAUUCCCACCUCAAUACAAAGUUCCUCCAGAUUAUUAUUAAAGACCAAGGGUUCUAUCAGGGCUUUAGUUGUAUAACAGACAUAUUGAGGUUCUAUUUGAGUUCUAUGAAAGUUCUGGCAAUGUUCUACUAGAGUUCUAUAGGAGACAUCCGAGUUCUAUAAGAGGCAUCUGAGGGUUUUAUAAGAGACAUAUCAGGCGUCUACUAGAUAGCUAUCAAAGUCUUGUCCGUUUUAACACGUUUCGCUACAUUUAAUGCAAUGUUGGCCAGAGGAGCUGCGGGCGCACCUCGAUGUCUCGCGUGUGUUUAUGUGAGCAGUGCCGCGGUGGCUGCUGGGAUUGCUCGCUGGUGUGGACAUGUCCGCCAUGUUUUCCACGGUGCGUGGAACUGAGCAGCCCCGUCCAACGGUUCCCACGUCCCACUAAAUCCGCACACAUAUGAGUCUCCCGCCGGUUCCCGGAGCAGCGGAUACCGAUGAGCUCUGCUGCGGCGGACACGUCGGUACCGGUGCGGGUUUCUGCGGGAUUCACGGUUCUGUGGGAUUGGCGCUGAUUUCGCGCAAACAAUGAGUAAACUCUCGUUUCGGGCGCGGGCGCUAGACGCCGCCAAACCUCUCCCGGUUUACCGUAACAGAGACCUGCCGGACCUCACCGACUGCGUUUCCAUCAACCGGGCUGUCCCACAGAUGCCGAGCGGGAUGGAGAAAGAAGAGGAGCUGGAACAUCACCUGCAGAGGGCAAUGUCAGCCCAGCAGGUUUUCAGGGAGAAGAAGGAGAACAUGGUGAUCCCUGUACCUGAAACAGAGAGUAACACCACCUACUACGACCGUUUGUACAAAGGAGAAGUAAAAGUCCCCAAACAGCUCAUCCACAUACAGCCUCUGGGCCUGGACCUGGAGCAUGCAGACUACGACAUGGACUCAGAGGAUGAGACGCUGCUCAACAGGCUCAACCGAAAGAUGGAGAUCAAACCUCUGCAGUUUGAGACCAUGGUAGACCGACUAGAGAAGUCCCCAACACCCGAGCUGGUGUCUCUGUCAGGGGCAAAAUUGCUGCUGAACGAGGACGACUACCUGCUGAAGUCCGUGUACGAUUACUGGCUGAGGAAGAGGAAGAACUUCCGAGGUCCAUCUCUUAUUCCUCACAUCAAGCAGGAGAAGCGAGAUGGGUCCACCAACAGUGACGCCUAUGUGGCAUUCAGACGGAGGACGGAGAAGAUGCAGACCAGGAAGAACCGUAAGAACGAUGAGGCUUCUUACGAGAAGAUGCUGAGACUCCGGAGAGAGUUCAGUCGGACCGUCACCACCCUGGAGAUGAUCAAGAGAAGAGAGAAGUCCAAGAGAGAGCUGCUCCACCUCACCCUGGAGGUGGUGGAGAAGAGGUAUCAGAUGGAAGAUUUCAGUGGGGAAACUCUCAGAGAGGUUUCACUCCCCCUUGUGGAGAAAACCGUGUACAGCACCCCCAUUACCCUGAACAACGGACACAGAGGCAAGAUCAAGUCACACCGGGUUCUCCUUCACAGAACACAGGUGACCUUCUGUAUGUGUGUUUCAGAAGAAGCUGUCUCUGACGAGCAUCCCUCUAGCCUGAUCCAACCAAAGAACAUCCGGGAGCGAUUGUGUCCUCCACAGAGACGUCCCUGUCCCUUCACCAUAAAUAAGGCCAACAUCAGACAAUACGACUUCCACAGCUCUGGAGAGGAAGACAGCCGCUCACCUCCACUGUCUCCUCCGUCUUCCCCUGAUGGGGAAAAUGAUCCUGAUGGAGUUUAUGUCUUCAGGAGAAAAGCUGGAUGUCAAUAUCUCUCCCCUGGGGCGGAUCAGCCGGGUAGAGACGAUCACUCGGGACUUCUUUGUCACACUCUAGCUGAACUGAUUCUGGCUCCUCAUUGGACGGGCCUGGGCCGGCGCAGGAUAGGACGGGGGGGCAGGAUCAUCCUGGACCGAGCCUCCUCAGGCCUGGAUCCAUUACUGAAGGACCUGGACUCUUUAACACAUCAGGUCUGCAGAAACAGAACCAGGACCUGUAAUGACCUUGUAACACUGGAGCAGAACCCCCCCCAGACUUCAGGAACCAUGGCCCCCUGUCUGACUGAGAACCUGAGGAGGUUCUGCUUCAGACCCAGACCAGCUCAAGGCCAGAGGGAGGGCAGCAAAAGGACCACCAAGCUCUCUAUGGAGGACCUUCGAGGACUUGGCAAUAACUCAGGGGGCAUCACAGAGGAGCAGUACCACAGUCAUCAGCAGCAGCUCAUCCAGAUGCAGAGAAAACAGCUGGAGCAGCUGCAACUACAGAACCACUGCGCUCCAUAUAGACUGUACAGUACACAGCCAUCCAGUGAGGCCAGUUCUAAGACUGUGAACUCAGCCAGUGCUCAGUUUGCAGCCUCGGCUGUGAUCAGCGCUCCUCUUCCUCCUCAUUGUCACAUGGACAGACAGAACAAACCCUACAAGGCCAACGGAGGGCUUUAUUCGUCAGGUCCCUCCAGGCUUGCGUACUUGUCCUCCUCCCCUCAGUCACUUCCGAACCAGGUGGGAGCUGUCUUUCCUCCCCCACCCCACACUGCUCGACCCUUCGCCCCCCCAACGUCUGCCUUAAAGCUCGCUGCCAGCCUCGACCGAGUGCCAAAAGUUUCCGCCGCCAGAGACCCUAAUGAGUCGGAGAGACCACGCUGCCCAUGGAGGUCACAUAGCACCACCUGCUCCUCCCGCCAUUACCCAUCACCCCUUGCUCCUCCUCUUCCUCAGUGACCCGUGAAUGUGACAUUUCCUGACCUCCAGAAGAAGAGGUGGUGUUAGAAUCAGAACAUUUUAUUAGGUGUGGAUAAUAUUAUAAUUAUUGUUAUUAUGCCAUUUGUAAAUGUCUUUGAUGUAAAAUAUUUUUUGUUCAUUUCAUAAGUUUAUUUUUUAAAGCCGAUUAUCAUGUGGCUAAAGAAACAACUGAUUCAGUCGACCUUGUAUCUUGGCUCUGAUAGCUUCCUGUUUGGUUAUUUAUUGAUGUUUACAUUUAGUAUUUCUUUAAAAUUCAAGUAUUUUGUUUUUUCUCAAAGAUGAAAAAGUUGAUUUAAAGAUGUUUGCGCAGUCAGGAUCUUCUCCUGUAUACAUUUUUUGUUAAAGGAUCUCUUCCGAUCAUUUGAGCCAAUUAAAAUAAGAAAUAUGCACCUGUAAAAUGGAAGUCUUUUAUAUUUCUAAAUGUCAUUCUGCAGUCAGAAUCAUGAAGAAAAGAAGUUUGUAUUUCUCAUGAAAUGCUGAGAAAUAAAAAUAUAUUUAACAGAC